AUGAGUUGGUUGUGGUCCAUAUCAUUUAUCAUCGGAGUGUGCAGUGGCACACAUACAACCAUUAAACCUCUCGACACCGUAUGCCUGGGCGUAAAUGUUGAAUCGAACGAUAAACUUGUUUGGAAUAUGGAAAGCGUUCCAGAUAAAGAUAUUCUUCAUUGUACCGUAUACUUCCUCAAAACACCCACGGCGAACAUUACAACUAAACCUAUCGAUGAAUUUACCUCAAAUGCCAGAACUCUAACGGUUGAUAACAAAGGCACACUUUCCAUGUGUGUGAACAACUCCAGCAACCGGCCCCAAACCAUGAUAUUUUCGUACAAAUUGGGGAACUCGAAGAAUUUUGACAUAGCAGACAUCACUACGAUCAGUGACACGGAUAGAAUUGAGGCCAUAUCAAAGUUACUGCUAGAGAAGACUGAGGAAAUAAGUGAGAAACUGGACAUCAAUCAAACAAAAGAACGUAUACAUUCCGAAUUAUCGAAAAAAAUGAACUCUCGCAUCCUUUGGUGGUCGAUAGGACAUUUUAUAGUAUUAGUAUCGCUGUACUGUUUCCAGAUCUAUUGCAUAAACUCAUUUUUCGAAGUCAAAACUAGGGUCUAG